CACACGCACACGCACCGGGAGAGGGAGGAGGGAGGCGGAUCUGUAAAUCCAGACUCCAGGACUUCCUCAGCAGAGCAGAGCUGAGCCUACAGCGCAAUCAUGGAUGAUUCUGCUCCACGUGCUGGUCGCUCCAUGUUUGCGUGGCUGGUGGGAGGGUCACAGGUCCUGGGUCUGGCGUCAGUGGUGCUGACUGGUGUGUGGAUGGGUCACUAUCGCGGAGGUUUUGCCUGGGAUGGCUCGGCACGGGAAUUCAACCUGCACCCUCUGUGCAUGGUGCUGGGGCUGGUCUUUCUGCACGGCGAUGCCAUCCUGGUCUACAGAGUAUUUCGUAAUGAGGCGAAGAGGAAUGUGAAGGUGCUUCACGGCAUCAUUCACCUGUUCGCCCUCAUCAUCAGCAUCAUAGGCAUUGUAGCUGUGUUUGACUUCCACAGAUCAGCUAAGAUUCCAGACAUGUACUCUCUACACAGCUGGUGCGGCAUGGCUACCAUAGUCCUUUUUUGCAUACAGUGGGUGAUGGGUUUGCUCUUCUUCCUGUUUCCUGUUGCGUCGUCAUGGUUACGAGCCGCGUACCUCCCCAUCCAUGUGUUCUGCGGUCUGGUUCUGCUGGUUCUGGCCAUAGGGACCAGCCUGCUCGGCAUCACGGAAAAACUCCUCUUCAGCAUCAUGCCAACCUACUCUGCGUUCGCCCCAGAGGGGGUGCUGGCCAACGUCUUGGGGAUCCUGCUGGUGUGUUUUGGGGUGCUGCUGGGGUACUUGAUCUCCAGGGAGGAGUACAGACGCCCGCCCAACCCAGAGGAAGAGUCUCUGUCUGUCCACUUCAAGACCCUGACUGAGGGGGGGUCACCAACAACACCCUGACCUCAGUCUGAUGUCUGACACCCCUUCAUCUGGAUACAAACAGUGUUGUGCCAACAGACUAGCUGUGCUACCAGUCUAUAUUCUUGUCAGAAUUACAAAGUUUUAUCAUAAGGGCCAUAAACAAGGCCAACGGCAGAAAAGACUUGAGGGCGAAUUCACAAAGAACGGUUUGUGGCUGCUGAUAGCACCAUCACUUGCAACCACAAUCUGCCCCGUCUCAAGGUCUGAUUCACAAAGAUAUUGCACUAAUGAUAUUACAGCGCAAACACAACCAUAAAGUUUUGCAGUUGACUUCAAUUUGCCCUUGUUUUGUGUCUGAUUGUAAUUAUCCAUGUGGCAAUGUAUAAAUGUUGCCUUUGUGCCAAGGACACAGUAGGAAGGACAACUGCAGAGAGAAAGAGAAAAAUUAUAUUUUCAGUUCACAAGCUACAAGUCCUGACCAAUGAGGUGCAGAGGCAUUGCUCAAAACUUCAGGCAAGGAAUUUAAAUGUGACAUGAUCACUGGAAAGUCUGGGUAUGACACCCCUUUUAAAUGCACUUCAGUUACCACCAACUCCUGAAGACACUAAUAAUUUCACUCUAACUGUGUGUGCUCUUCUUAGUGAAUUGGACUGUUUUUGCAAUGAUGCUCAUUUCAAUAGAAAGGGGGGGAUUUUGUGCCAAGUGUAUGCAUAUUACCUAAUUUAAAUACAUGCAAAUAGCAAAGGGACACCAAGACAGUGCAGUUUGGGGUGCACUUCACCCUUUGCGGUUGCUUUGUGAAUUACAUGGUUUGUUUUUGUCUUAUCUGUGCAGAUUUAGCAGCUACAAAAGCUGCACAAUCCUUUUGUGAAUUCGCCCCUUAGUUCAAAGUUUUGGUUCAUUAUAUCGUAUCUCAUAGAUUACUGAACAGAUGAGUUACCUUUCACCCAAAGUUAUUUAUUAUUACUUUUGUUAAACAGAAUGAAUAGAAGAAGCCUAGUAAAGUGCAUAGAUUCUAGCAGAAAGAAAAUGGUAUCACACCAAAUCAGAUUCAAUAUAUAAAUCAGUGUGUAUUUUUAGAGAGAAAUAGCAAGGUGUCCUCAUUUUGAAUGGCUUCAAAUCCUGUAUGUGUUGAAAGUAUUUAGAAUUUGCAGAAAUUCACUCUAAAGCUGGAUUUAUGUUUGAUGCAAGAGGUUAACUUGAGCCCUGCUGUAGAUACCUACAGAAUAGGUUUUGAUUUACAGUUCAGAGUAAGAUUUCAGAGAAGAUUAUUGACUCCUUCCUUAAUAUUAUCUUCAAUAUUGGCUUGUUGGAGAUAACACAAGAAGCUAAUCCCAGUUCUUGCAGUCUCUACAUAGUUUGAGGCCUCUGAACUUUUGCAUGUAUCUGCUGUAGGAACAACAUAACCCUUUAAUGCAGUAUUAAGUAUAAAUGAAGCUUAAGAGUGUCUGCAGCUCAGAAACUGUUUGUCUGGGAGCAACUAGAUCUCAAGAUGGGCUCCAGCAGUAUUGUAUCUAUGGCCUUGGUACAAAAACUGAGAACUAAACUCCGACCUGACUGAACCUGACUGAUACUGCCAAAUGUUAGACCCAAACCCAAGCCAAAGCUAUAUUUUUGCUUUAUUUCACUUAUUACUGAUCAUUCACCAGGCUAAUGCAAUGCAUUGGCUACACUCUGUCUCUUUCUCUCUCCCCACAGUUACAUAAGAAAAUAACAAAACCCUAACCUAGACUGGGACUGAAGACUGAAGAGACUGAGAUCAGGCAUCACAGUCCUGCAUACUGGUCAGAAGUUGCCACUAUUGUAUAGUUUGGCUCUGUUAUACACCAAAAGUCAAACUGAUGUCAAACAUUACGCUGACAUUUGACCUUCUCCUUGAUCUAUGUAUUUUACUUGGGACCACCCAUGUCUGAUGUCUUGAUAUUUCAUCGUUUUGCAUUUAUCCUAGAGCAUAAUUAAAGAUUUUUGAAGGUCAAAAGCUGUAAUAUCUGAAAAAUUCUGCAGCUGGACUUCUGCCAAAUGACGAUCAAAGAUGAAUCAGUCUUCAUUGAACUGACAAAACUCUAUUGUGAAAUUAGUAAGACUGCGAUGAAAUGUAUUAAUGUAGAAGUGCGUCAUAAUUGUAAACUUUUAAUGUCCGCAUCAAAAUGUAAGUGAGUUAUUUGUUCUCAGAUGAAACCAUCAUUAGUGACUUUAAAGGUGGAUUACAAAUCUAUUGAUGGUAUUUCUAAAGUCAUAAACUUUUAAACGUCACAAGGAAAGGAAAGUUUAGCUUUCGUGAAAAAUGAUACACGUUAUUCUUUGCACUCUAAUAAAAUCUGUCCUUUUAUCUGAUGUUCAACAGUAUCUGUGUCUGAACAAUGGCCAUUUGUGAGAAGCAGUUUUCCCACAAAACAGAGCAUAAGCAAAAUGUAUUCCAUUUGUGUAUCGCUAAGCCGUUUGUGAUUAAGUAGGGUGUCUGCUCUGGUUGUAUUCAGAUGUAUGUUAUAAGAGUUUGGUUACUUAAUGCACUUUUACCAAUGUUAAAUUCAUAUCUUUGAAUGUGUUGAAACAAAUCAAAAACAUGCAGCUUUUUUUUUUUGUUUUUUUGUCCUGACUUACGGACUCCAGGACUACAGUGUUGGUGCCUAAUUGAAGCUUUUACAGAAAAUUUGCCUUUGAAGUCGCUGAAGCCCAUGUAUUUUACAUUUGUGGAUGUUGUUUGUCUGUACGUAAUAUUUGAAAAUAAAGUCUUAAUCUCA